AUGGUAGAGCAGGCCCAGAGGGAGGGACUGGAUGAUGGAACUGGAAGUGGACAGGUGAGUUGGGAGCAGGGAGCAAAUGACAGCCACUUUAUGUCAGAGGUUCAGGGCGGCUUAAGGGUAACCUCGCCGCCUCUGGCAACUGAUUUGGAUCAGGAGUUUGGGGGUUGCCUAGGCUGCCAAGGAGCUGAGCAGGAACUGGAGGAGGAGCCACCCAGCCUGACAAGCCCAUCCACUCAGCAAGUUGCAAUCCCUGGCUUAGACUCAAUAAAAGUGGUAGAGGGAAGUGGAGAGACUUUUGGAUCAACAGGAAGUACCACUGCAUUCAAAGAGAAGCAGGACACGAAGUUGAGCUUGUCUGAAGUGGCCACCAAUGUCACAACCCAAGGAGCAGAAGUGAGCACAGAUUAUACCCGGGUAGACCCCCUGGGUACCACUCCUGCCCUUCAGCCCUUGACAACACAUGAGCCCUCUCAGGUGCCUACAGACUACAAUUAUGACUCUAACAAUAAUACAACUAUUGGCUCUUUUGACAAAUUUCCCAUCAUUGAUGCUCCAGACAUUCCCAUGACCUCAUCCAACAUAGAGUCCACAGAAGAUUAUUUGCCUGACCUACCUGCCUUGACAAUUGGUCCUGAUGUCAGUAUCUCAGAUAUCAAAAUGACCACAUUAUAUUAUUGGGAAGAAGUGUCUAUUGAGCUGGAGGAUGAGAAUGAGCUCAGGCUGACCACAGUCUCUCCUAAGGUACAGACCAUGUUGAUGAAGGAAGAAGCCACAAACAUACAGACUGUGCCCAACCAGGACUUCCGAUCAGAAUCUUUCCUGAAGGAAAAUGCCUUCACAGGCUCCUCUGACUUAGAAAGCAGACACGAUGCUAGCCUGUCACCACCUGUUCUUGGAGAAAAUGGGACUGAAUGCAAACUGGGAUAUGUGAAGCAGAAUAAGUCUUGCAAGUCCAUUUGUGACAUGGUCCCAAGCUACUGCUACAAUGGCGGACAGUGUUAUGUCAUGGAUAAUGUUGGAGCGAUUUGCAGAUGUAAUGCUCAGGACUACAUCUGGCACAAAGGGAUUCGAUGUGAAUUUAUCAUCACAGAGUUCCAGGUGAUGUGUAUAGCUGUUGGUUCCUCGGCAGUGGUGAUCCUGCUCCUCUUUAUGCUCACUGUCUUCUUUGCAAAGAAGGUGUACUCCUUAAAAACUGAAAACAAAAAGCUUCGGAAGAGGAGCAAAUACAGGCCUCAGCUGGAACAGCACAAUGAUAAUUUCUCUCUCUCCACCAUUGCUGAGGGCUCCCAAGCAAAUGAUGAUGUGAACGGACAAAAUAAAGCUCAAGAAUCAUUAAAAACUUGCCCGAAAGAUGGAGAUUCACUCAAUGUGCAAAACAACUGGACACCAAAACAUGACAACAAGGAAAGUGCUAGUGCAGAGGUAAACUCACUACAGAAUAACAUGAUGUAA